AGAACUGUUAUGGAAUGGAUAUUGACAAAAGACGAUAGGAAAAGGUUGCAAGUGCUCGAAAAAUAUGCUGUAAACGAGGCCAAGGACGUUCUCAACAAGGUUGCAGCCAAAAAGUACAUCAGCCUGGAUGACAUCAAAGCUAUCAAGGGGUGCCUCCCUGGUGAUGCACCACUUGCAGCUUUUUACACUAGACUGACGCCUUACCGUGAGGACACGACAUACCAUGCUUCUCCUGAAUUCAGGGCAAAGACUGAAGCGCUACGAAAGAAGCAGGAGAAUAUGGUUUAUAAAAAGAUCAUACAGUCUGUCGACCCCACACAAAAUUACGGGAAAGUUGAUCUCAUGGAAAAUUUCGGCGCCGAAUUAAAGGUGGUGAACCGACAGUUGAUGUCCAUAUUCAACGUUGUCCUCACUGUAGUGUGCGCUUUCUUUUUUGGGUUUUCUGGUGUACAAUUUGCAUAUCCACAUUUACAUCUUGAUCUAGCCACUCGUUUUCUGAUUGGUCUGGCAGGAGAAUUCGUUCAAUGGUACGGAAACAUAUGCAAAAUCGUCGACGGCUCAGUUGGAGCAAUAAUGCAGUAUGAAAUCACCAAGGCAAAAGCUAUAGAGAGUAGUCACCAGAAAUCGCCGCAAGAGAAAGCGGGAACCUCUCUUGUAGAGAUCAGGAAUAUAAGGAACAGUAGAAGCACGGACUGAAACCUGCUAUCUAUGAUCGUCUUACAUAGUCAUGCGAAGGCCGGCGAAGAAUGAUCGAAAUUCCUUUCGCCUAUCAUUUUGUACCUCCCUCAAUGUUCUUACUGUUGGCUGUAUGGCUUAAUAAGUAUGUCGAUCACAAGGGAAGGAUACUUGGUCGAAGGCGUUUCCAAAUGAAAUAUAUACCAUCUUAUCGAGCAUGAAACGCUGAUUUCAAAUCUGCCUUCAGCAUCUGCAAAGCAUUUCUGGGAGGAAGUUGUGGGAUUUUUUUUUUGAAGCAGAAAUUCAAAGUUGCGUCUAC